UAGCCCAGCUUCAGCCGACACCUUCUCAAAACUCAGCUCUCACCAUCGCCAAACACUUACAUUCGCUCCAUCGGUCACCAUCGCCGACGCCACCAUCUCCAAACACCACCGGCUGCGCCAUCGCACACCGUCGACCAGUUUGGCCAGCAGUUUAGUGACACCAUCGCCGUUGACCAGUUCGGCCACCAGUUCUGCCUUAGCUGUCGACCAGCUCCACCCGCCAGCAGAUCUGAAGCCACAGCCGACGAUGCCGCCCUUCCUCCGCCGAAGCUGCUAUCUGACGCUCUUCCUCCAUCGGCAUUGCCUCACUCGCGACCGCCACGCUAAGGGUGUUGGGAAGUUCAGGAACAAAAUGCUUGCUAAUUUGAUUGGGUACUACUACGAUGGUGAUGAGAGGUUGCUUGUUACUGAGUUUAUGCCUAAUGAUACGCAUUUUUAUAUGUAUGAUAAUCUUGUGGCACAACCUGGUGUUCCUAGACCGCCUACUAUGCAGCAGCCAAAUCCAUUUGGAAACGCAUUCUACGGUGUAGGGUCUGGUUUAAUAAGUGAUGGAUUAGGUGCCUAUGGAGAGAAAAUUCUUGGUUCAAGCUCUGAAUACAUACAAAGCAAUAUUAGUAGAUACUCUUCUGAUCCCCAAUACUACUUCCAAGUCAAUGACCAAUAUCAAGGUGAUAUUUCGUCUUACAUUAAUGAUUCAAUAAAAAAUGGAAUUGCUCUAUCAACUUUUCGGAAAGAUAAGCUUGGGGGAGAUGGAAUUGGAAUUUCCUAUUGGAUGAUGGAAAUGAGACUAUUGGUUAUAGAUUGUAUAAGGAGAUUCUAAAGAUUGAGUCUAAACCAAAAGUUAGGGGGAUGGAAAAUGGUAUACUACUGAUUUUAUGUAUUAAGUUUCAGUACUCUGUUUAUAGUUUUUAUUUUGUAUAAGAGGGGUACAGUAGGCAUAUUUAUUCUUUCUCGAAGCAACACACUUUGCUUGCAUUUUUAAGAGCAUAUGCUAGUCAAACCGUUUUAUAAUAUAGUGGCUGGGGGUUUCCCUCAUCUCCCGAAAAGAUAGAAAAUGAAACUGUAUUUGCAAGCAUAGGAAAAUUUAGGGUUUGUGUAGAUUGAGGAAGAACUUUAGUGAACUCAGAUUUUACUUAAAUGCAUCUAAUUAAUACAUUC